AUGGCACAGGCGAGGACUCUGUAGAAAAUCAUGGCCCUUUUAUCUGUUAGCAACACAGCUGCUGUGAACAACUCUGAUACUUGCAUGGCUGGCUGCCUCCUGAUUGGCAUCCCUGGGCUGGAGCACCUCCACAUCUGGCUCUCCAUCCCCUUCUGCACCAUGUAUGUAGCUGCCAUGACAGGCAAUGGCAUUUUAAUUUGUGUCAUCCUCUCCCAGCCAAGCCUGCACGAGCCCAUGUACAUAUUCCUGUCCAUGUUGGCCAGUGCUGACAUCUUGCUCUCCACUUCCACCAUGCCCAAAGCACUGGCCAACUUCUGGCUCGGUUUCAGCCAUAUUUCCUUUGAUGGCUGCCUCACCCAGAUGUUCUUCAUCCACUUCCUCUUCGUGGCUGACUCUGCAGUCCUACUGGCAAUGGCCUUUGACCACUACGUGGCCAUCUGCUCCCCUUUGAGAUAUGCCACCAUCCUCACCAGCACAGUCAUUGGGAAGAUCGCCACUGCCACCCUGACCCGCAGCUUCAUCAUCAUGUUUCCUUCCAUCUUUCUCCUCAAGAGCCUGCACUACUGUCGGAUCAACAUCAUCACGCAUAUAUUUUGUGAGCACAUGGGCAUUGCCCAUCUGUCCUGCUCUGAUAUCUCCACUAAUGUCUGGUACAGGUUGGCAGCUGCUCUGCUCUCCACAGGCCUGGACAUCAUCCUUAUCGCUGUUUCCUACAUUCACAUCCUCCGAGCUGUCUUCCACCUCCCUUCUCAAGGUGUCCGGUCCAAGGCCCUGAGCACUUGCGGCUCCCACGUCUGUGUCAUCCUACUCUUCUACAUCCCUGCCCUCUUUUCUGUCUUUGCCUAUAGGUUUGGUGGGAAAUGCAUUCCACGCUAUGUCCACAUCCUCCUGGCUAACCUCUAUGUGGUCAUCCUACCUAUGCUCAAUCCCAUUAUUUAUGGAGUGAGGACCAAGCAGAUUUUGGACGGGGCUAAGCAGAUGUUUUCAGAUUUUGCCAAAGAAUCUAAAUAAAUGCUCCCAACUUGACCUCAGCUUAAUCCCUUUCUGUACUAUUAGUUGUUCAAUAGUCACCUUCUCCCCAUCUCUACAUCUUCCAGUUACCCCUGUGCUAUCUUCAUCCAGGUUCCAAUUAUUUAGACAUUCUACUCAAAUCCUCCUUUGAUUGACUUUUUUAUAAAUCCGUAGUAAUACCCACCCCACUUUCUUCCAUAUAUUAUUCAAAUUAACUUCUGAUCCCCCAUUAUCUCAAGAAAAACUAAUUAGGAGCAAUGUGAUAACUUACCUGGAAUCUACCAUUUGAAUAAGACUUUUUUCAGCCCCCA